GCUGGGGCGCGCGGGAAGCGCCGGCAGGGCUGCGGGGACUCCGCGCUGCGCCAUGGCCGUGUCCGUUCCCGGCUACUCGCCCAGCUUCAAGAGGCCGCCGGAGAUUUUGCGGCUCCGCCGGAAAAGGUCUCGGAACCACGGUGCCGCCGUGCCUUCUGCACUUCCGGAGCCCACGCCUCGCCGCGCGGCGCUGGCGGCCGGGCUGCCCCUGCGCUCCUUCCCGAGCUCGGGCGGGAGAGGCGGCGCCGCGACCGUCGCCCGCAGGAACCCUUUCGCCCGCCUGGACAACCGGCCGCGGGUCGCCGACGAGGCUCGCGAGCAGCCGUCUCGGGGUCCGCAGGGAGCUCCGGGCUCGCUUUUAGAUUCUAAUGGAGAAAAUAAUUUGCCGUGGGAGGAAGCGUCUCAUGAAAGAACUGUCACCGAACUGUCCCAGAGUCAACAUGUACCAUUCUCUGAAUCAGAUACGACUUCUUCAGAAGGUGCUGAGUUACCUGCGGACUGGAGUAUUAAAACCCGACUCCUUUUCACCUCUUCUCAACCCUUUUCCUGGGCAGAUCAUUUGAAAGCACAGGAAGAAGCCCAAGGUCUUGUCCAGCAUUGUCGGGCCACAGAAGUCACUCUACCCCAGAGUGUAGAGGAUCCCAAGCUCUCCACUGAGCUCCGUUGUGCCUUCCAGCAAAGCCUUGUCUACUGGCUUCACCCUGCCUUUUCAUGGCUGCCACUUUUCCCUCGAAUUGGAGCUGAUAAGAAGAUGUCUGGAAAGCCCAGUCCAUGGUCAAAUGAUGAAACUCUGCAGCAAACUCUAAUGAGUGACUGGUCUGUGAGCUUCACUUCUUUGUAUAAUCUGCUGAAGACGAAGCUCUGCCCCUUUUUCUACGUCUGCACCUAUCAGUUUACUGUCCUGUUCCGGGCUGCGGGAUUAGCAGGAAGUGACGCCAUCACGGCGCUCAUCUCUCCUACAACCAGAGGGCUAAGAGAAGCCAUGAAAAGUGAAGGUGUUGAAUUCUCUCUGCCUUUGCUAGAAGAAAGUGGUCGCAAGAAGAAAGGACGAGAAGCAAACCUGGAGUCUGAAGAGGAGCCAGUGGCCAGCGAUGAAGAUGAAGAGGAAAGCUUUUCUUGGCUGGAAGAGAUAGGUGUGCAAGAUCAAAUUAAAAAGCCAGACAUGAUCUCUGUCAAGCUACUUAGAGAAAAAAAUGAAGUACAAAUGGACCACAGGCCUGAGUCUGUUGUACUGGUGAAAGGACUCAGCACUUUCACGUUGCUCAACUUUUUGAUCAACUGCAAGAGCUUAGUUGCUACCUCCGGUGCACAGGCAGGCCUCCCUCCAACCCUUUUAUCCCCAGUGGCCUUCCGAGGGGCUUCAAUGCAAAUGCUUAAGGCACGAAGCAUUAAUGUAAAGACACAAGAUCUUUCUGGGUACAGAGACAAGUUUAGUUUGGAGAUCACAGGUCCCAUUAUGCCUCAUGCUCUGCACUCUGUGAUCAUGCUACUCAGAUCUUCACAGAGAGGGUCAUUUUCUGCUGGAAUGUAUGCACAUGAGCCAACUGCUGCAUUCAAUGCCUGCCUGCCACUGGAGAAGGAACCGCCUAGAAAAGACGCUCCUAAGAACCUUGCUAACUGUGGGCUGCACCCCAAAACCCUGCAGCAGCUCAGUCAAAUACCACUACUGGGGAAGUCAUCCUUAAGGAAUGUGGAAAUGAAUGACUACAUUUUUAAUUGGAGAUCCUGAACACCAAAAUGCUACAUGUAAAAAAAUAAACCAUAGUCUAUAUAUUAAGAUUCUUGGAAAAUGAGAAGAUUCAAAAGGCAAAGAGGACACUCCUGGAAAAUAGAAGACAAUUAAGGUAAGUUAGUUGUCAAGUAGUAUUCAGAGGCAGAACUCAGUCUAAAUUCUGAUUUCAUCAGCAUGUUUUCUAUAAUAUCAAACUAGAACCAUUGAGUUUCAUUAUGAACCCAUUAUCGGUAGCCUUUACUAACAAGCCACUUAAAUGGUAUCAGUUUUUUACUUGUUUGUUUUUUUUGGGGGGAGGGUGGGGGUUCGAGAUAGGGUUUCUCUGUGGCUUUGGAGCCUGUCCUGGAACUAGCUCUUGUAGACCAGGCUGGCCUCGUAGGUUUUUAAAAUGGUUAUAAAUGUUAAACUAUUAUGAUAUUCUCUAUCAGUUCAUCUUAUUCUAGUUGAUUAUUAGUGUAACUUCAGUCCGUGGAUAAGCAGCAGAACACCACUACAGUCAAUAUAACUCUACUCAUAGCAGGGUUCCCGGGAGCACAGACAGGAAUGGAUAUGCUUUGAUCCUAAGAACCCAGGAGCUUAAAAACUUCUAGUCAGUAUGUAGUUAUUUUGAAGUACAUACAUUUAUUACCAUAAUCUAGAAAUAACAUUGAUUUUUAAAAGUGUUUAAGUCUUCCCCCAAAAUCUUGUCAUCUACCUUUGAAAACUUAGGCUAAGGCUCAUGGGGCAUAGUUGAAUGGUUAGGUAGGUCACCACCAUCACAGAUCUCUUAUAUACAAUGAAAGCAUAGCUUCCUGUGCUAAGCAGGUGACAGAUUUAAGGGCUUACCCACUUUAUGAUGAAAACAAAUUGAGUUUUAUGAACUCAAUAUUCUCUUUCAAUAUCAUUUAACAUGCUAUUAUUUUUCCAGUAAUUUCACAUGAUAAUUUUUUAUAAUGUGUUUAAUACAAGGGCUUACUGUUUUCACAUACAUAGGUACUGCAUGGAUACUGCAAAUGAAAGUCAGUGAAGCAGCUUUAAAAAAAAUAGAAGCUAGCAAUAAUCUCACUGUGUACUGUGUAUAAUUCUUACAAAAGUAAAUCUAUAUACCAAAGUAAGGACCAGGUAUCCUUUUCCCAACUUCAAAUUUGCUUACGUAUCAUUCAUUCUAAGUUAUCUUGACUGAAAUUGUCUAAGACUCCUUUCACUAACAAAGUAUACUUUUCUGGCUUAAAAUGAAAAUGAAAAUAAAUAAAUAAAUAAACAAACAAACAAACAAACAUAAUUGAUGUCCAUUAGACUGUUGUAAAUGAAAGCUCUUGCUUAGUUAACAGUAUUAUCCAUGCUUAAUAUUUAGUUUUAAGGUCUACAAAAAUGAAGACAACCUAUGUAAAGUCACAACAAAAUACUAUACUCAUUUACUGUGAGUUAAUUCCUGGGACUCAAAUCUGUUCCAGGUAAUUCCUGAGUCUUUCAAUGUGAAUAUAGUUAUUUCAGACCAAAAUUUAUUAUUUCUUAGGCCUACCUUAGAUGUAAAGUUACCUGAACUGUCAAGUAGAAUUAUCUUGUAGAUAUUUUUGUCUGUGCAGACCCACCAAACAACCAAAUGAGACACAUGCCAUUGCAUUAGUCUUCAUAAACUUACUUUGGUUUCAGAGCAAUUUGCAAACCUAAGUGAUGGGUGCUAAGUCAUAGUAUCUUGAAAGACACUGGGGAAAAUGUCUACUCAUUCCAAUCAGAACCUUUCAAUAUCCAACAUAAAGUUCCAGCUUUAUAGCCAUAAAAUACACUGAGCUCUAACUAAAUCUAAGUAAAACAAAAAAAUUUACCUAUGAAUUUGUCCUUUACUGGCCUGUUUACCUUACAUUUUUCUUGUAAACUUGAUUGAGAAAUAACUAAAAUACUCCUUUUAGAGCCCAAAAGAAACUCCUUUAAGCCUCAGUAUUAUUUCAUAUUAAAUACUUCAUAUUAAAUUUAUAUCUCAUUAUAAAAGGCAUGUUUAAUAUACCAACCUUGAUGUUUAAAUAAGUGACAACUAUUUCCUAAUCAACUGCAUUUAUUUUUUCAAAGGCUUAGCAAAUCAUUAAGUUUAUAUUAAAAAAAUUCACUUAUUUCCUAUUUUUAUGUUGAAAUACAUCAAAAAUUGAGACAAUCUAGAUUACCUUGGGUUGGGAAUAUAGCCCAGCUGUAGAGCACUUGCCUAGCAUGUACAGAACUAUGAGUUUCAUCUCUAGUUUCACAAAAGAAGGGAGGGGGUUUAACAUCUACAAGAGUUUUAUCCAGCUUUUCAAGGUAAUUCAUAUUAUAUGCUAAGACGUAAAGCACUAACUAAACUGCAGUCCCCAAAGCAUUAAUAGUCAAGUAUUUGAUAAAAUGUUACACAGUCUCAUUAAAACACAUAAACUACAACAGCUAGCUGAGCACAGUGGUACGCAGUUUUAUUUCCAGCACUUAGGAGGCAGAGGCACAUGGAUCUAGGUUCAAGGCCAGCCUGGUCUACAUGAGAGAGUUCAGGCAAGCCAGAGCUCUGUAGAGAAAGCCUGUCUUAAGAAAACAACACACACACAGUUAGCACUUGGAAUUUGGGAACUUUAGUGCCUAGUGACUGCUACAUUAAAAAAAUGUUUUAUAUUCUUAACCAGUCUUUAAUGUUGUUCAAAAAUAAGAAAUAUGAGAAAGGUUCCAGGUUUCCCUCUACAAACUAAAAAGAGAUAUUUGUAAAGUCUGUAAAGCUACUGUCAAAUUAACAUGUCAUUUCUUCUAUAAGUAACUGUGGCCACUGCUCUGGGUACUAGAGCAGAAAUGCUGAAUUUCUUUGCCUAAAAUAAAGAAAAUCUAUAUAGUGUCCUGAAUUACAAUUCUCACAUUUCUUUAACUCCUUAUCUAGAGCAGACUGCAGCUGCCCUUCAGUCUGGACAUGAGGUCACCACCACAAUCACACACAGACAUUAAAGUUCACUCACUCUCCCUCUGGGAAGCCAAGCAGUUUCUAUAAACAACAACAAAAACUUAAAAAUUUCACAGAAAUUCAGUGACUGAUAGGAAAGAGCUUCAGGUGAGUGCGCAGGGCUAAAUUGGAUUAUUUUCUACACAGGUGACUGCAGGUUAUCUCAAAAGGCAUGCAGCAAACUCUAAUAACAGCUAAAGAAAAACAUCCAGCCUAAAAACAUUUACAGUACUUAACAAAAAUGAUAAAAAUGCAUCAGUUCAUAUGAAAUAACAGUAAACUCCAAAAAGGAGAGGCACAUCAACAUACAGCAUCCCUAAGUCACUUUUUUAUAUGAAUUAUGAAUAUUAUUUUUAUUAUACAAAAUUCUAUACCAUAAUUGAGUUAUAAGGGAAUUAAUUAAUAUUUUUCUCCUUCUAAGUUAAGUGCUUCAGAGAAAUUCGGGGUCACCAGCCUAUAAAGGUCUAGUGAAAAAGGAGUAAGUAACAAGGCUGAAUUCACGUCUAGCAAUGUUAUAAUUCAAGAACUAUGCUUUAACUAAGCCUAGUUACAAUUUUCAUCCUUUUCCAAAAAAUGAGCUUUGAUAAACUUAGUUUCCAAUUUCAAGAGAAUCUUAGCUACAAGGAUGUAGACAGGAUCUAAUACAAACCUAACACACUGCUUGAGACAAAUGCAUUAGCAGCGACUACGCUCAUCACACCACUUGUGCAUGUGUCCUACCUCUAAUCUACAGUAAGCCUUUGCUGACCUUAUUAAAGAACUGUCCUUGGUGACUGCUUUUCUAACAUGAGUUUUCCAACUUUCUUUGUUUAUAAAUCAGAUUCACACAAAUAUCGUGAAAAUUCUGUAGUCACUCCUUUUGAGGAUGAAGCUGGCUGGUUUCUGGGAGGAAGACGAUGCUAUGGCAGAGGGGAACACCAUCUUGAUGAGUUGUUUUCCAUACACAUGGAUUUAUGCAGUUUCGUGCAUGUCAGCACACUCACGUGCAAGACAGUGUGGGAGUAGGAAUAACAAGGAUAAUUCAGCCCUUGUGAAGAUAAAAUUCUGUCAUCUUUGCUAAAAUGUUUUGUGGUCAAGACUGAAGAUCCGUAAACUUCAAUUAUACUUAUUAAAACAAAAAAGACUGAUUUUAAAAAAUAUUACCUUGCCACUUAGAAAAAAAUUUUGCAUUACUCUUAAAAUUUAAAAAAAAA